CUGAGCUGUAAUUGGUUGCUAGGGGCAACAAGGAGAUUCUCACCAUAAGACAGCGCCAUCAAUCUCCGCCAUUAUCUGUUGUUCUCUGUUACCAGCCAUUGAGAGAGACUGACAUCUUCGGAUUUUGAUUUCCACAAUAGAUUCUUUUUUAUUUACAUUUUUUUACCAUUUUAAUGGAAAUUUUGCGCUGGGUAAACCAUGGCAUCAGACAAUGAGGUCAAAACGUUGCUGAAUUUCGUCAACUUGGCGUCGUGUGACAUCAAGGCGGCUCUGGACAAGUCGGCUCCGUGCAGGAGAUCAGUGGAUCACAGGAAGUAUCUGCAGAAACAGCUGAAAAGGUUCUCCCAGAAGUAUGCCCGGUUACCCAGGUGCCACCCCGCCGGCAGAACCGUGGACCUGAGGAAGGGGCUGGUGGACAAACUGGGGCCCACCACUCCUGGUAAAGGGCUGAAUGACAAGGUGGUGGGGGCCAUGGAGGAGGGCGUUAUGGGGGACGUGGAGAACAGGGCGGACAUUGGCCAGCAGGGUCAAGUGCCCAUGAGGAAAAGACAACUGCCGGCAUCCUUCUGGGAGGAGCCCAGAUCGUCCGCCAACCUCCUGGACCUGCCUUGUCCCUCCAGACUGGACAUCAUAUAUAAGGACAGGACCGAGACCUCCCUUCCUGUCUAUGAAAGUAAAAAAGUCAAAAAUGUCCCCGACAAAUCCCACGUCCUCUGUGCCCACCCCGCGGGAGAUAAGGAGACCGGGAAGGUGCCACCUGUAACCUCCUUCAGUCCCUGCAGCUGCUGCCCUCUUCAGUACCACGGACAGCAGGUCCUGUACCAGCACAGCCAUGGGGUCCACCACCACCCCAACCCCUUCACCACCCUGGCACUAUGGAGUAAAAAUACCGCCGUGCCCACCGUGGAGAUCCAGCACUUGUGUAAGGACUCUGGGCAGAGACUCUACAGACACGUGGUCCUCAAGCCCAUACCCACCAAACCCACCGUGCUGCCCUCCAUUUUUAACGUUUUUGGAUAUAUCUGACUUUGGACCCUAUGACUAUUUAUUGGGGAUUCUUAUGACCCGUGGGAAGGAGAUGAGAAGAGUUAUUCAAGGUGACCCUCCCAAAUGUAGUUCUGGUUCUUGAAGAACCUUAAAGGGGUACUCCGCCCCUAGACAUCUUAGCGUUGGUCAAGGUGACCCUCCCAAAUGUAGUCCUGGUUCUUGAAGAACCUUAAAGGGGUACUCCGCCCCUAGAAUCUUAUCCCCUAUCCAAAAGGACAGGGCAUAAGAUGUCUGAUCAUCGGGGGUCCUGCCGCUGGGGACCCCCAGGAUCUUGGCUGGAUGACUGGCGAUGCGGAGGCUCGUGAUGUCACGGUCACGCCCCCUCAAUGUAAGUGACAUCACGAGCCUCCGUCACUGAACCCAACGCUCUACACAAACACCGGGUACAGCACGGAGAUCGCGGGGGUCCCCAGCGGCGGGACCCCCGUGAUCAGACAUCUUAUUCCCUAUCCUUUGGAUAGGGGAUAAGAUGUCUAGGGGCGGAGUACCCCUUUAAGGUUUAAAUAAGGCCACAUUUUAGCCAAUUCUUAUGUAGUUGGCACAGUGGUCUCAAACUGUGGCCCUCCAGAUGUUGCAAAACUUCAACUCCCGGCAUGCUGGGAGUUGAAGUUUUGCAACAUCUGGAGGAUUGCAGUUUGUAGACCACUGCACAAAGGGAUGAGAUGAGAAGGAAGCCUUGAUUUACCUUUUAAUGACAGUGUGGAUCCUCUGGAGAAGGCAGUCAGGCUUUUGGCUGUCUGGGCGGGCUGGAAGUUGACGUUUUGCAACAUCUGGAGGACUGCAGUUUGAAGACCACUGCACAAGGGGAUGAGAAGGAAGCCUUGAUUUACCUUUAUGGGACAGUGUGGAUCAUCUGGAGAAGGCAGACAGGCUUCCAGCUGUCCGGGCAUGCUGGGAGUUAAGGUUUUGUGACAUCUGGAGGGCCACAGUUUGAGACCACUGGCUUAGAGGGACUUUUGAUGGUGACUUUGACUUUUUGAUUUCUUGGGGUCAUAGUCCAAUGAGCGGCCGGUGACCAUUAAAGGGGUACUCCGCUGGAAUAUUUUUUUUCUGGUGCCAGAAAGUUAAAGCAAUUUGUAAAAGACUUCUA